AUGCUAGAAACAUCUUUGUUGGCUUCAGUUCGAAAUAAAUCUCUUACGUCAACCUUCUGUCGUAUGCAAUCAACAGCAUCGACAUCGUCGACAAGUACAAAUCUUCCUGCCCCAAGUAUAAUGAAAGUCGAUGUUGCACAACGUAAACAAUUAACAGAUUUUGGUCAGUAUGUUGCCGAAUGUUUACCUAAAUUUGUUCAAAGUAUACAAAUGACAUCGACAAAUGAACUUGAAGUACUUAUUCAUCCAGAUGGCAUCACACCAGUCAUCUCAUUUCUUAAAGAUCAUACAAACGGACAGUUUGUUUCUCUAGCCGAUAUAACAGCAAUCGAUGUUCCCACGCGUGUAUACCGAUUUGAGCUUAUAUACAAUUUGUUGUCAUUACGUUAUAAUUCACGUAUUCGUCUUAAAACUUAUACUGAUGAAUUAUUGCCAGUACCAUCUAUUUGUGAGAUAUUUGAAUGUGCAAACUGGUAUGAAAGAGAGAUUUGGGAUAUGUAUGGUAUCUAUUUUGUUAAUCAUCCUGAUUUACGUCGUAUUCUGACAGAUUAUGGUUUUGAAGGACAUCCAAUGCGAAAAGAUUUUCCAUUAUCGGGCUAUACAGAAGUUCGAUAUGAUGAAGAAGUCAAACGUGUUGUUAUAGAGCCCCUGGAACUCACUCAAGAUUAUCGUAAAUUUGAUUUGUCGAGCCCAUGGGAAGCAUUUCCGAAAUUUCGCUCAACCCCACAUGAUAGUAAACAACAAAAAGUUCAUCUAGAUCAGCAACAACAAACACCACCAUCACUUUCGAAAGAUCAAAAGAAACCAGACGAAAAGAAAUAA